AUGGGAAGUGGAACAAGGCCCUUUACCUUGUCUUCAUGGGUCUUAGUUGCAGCCUUCUUAGGUAUUAACUUAUUAUCCAGUGAAAUUUGUAGCGCUAAAGAUAUCUACAGGUGUGCUCCUUCUUCCUGCGGCAACAUCCACAACAUAAGCUACCCUUUCCGACUAAACAGUGACCCAGAAUACUGUGGGGACUCGAGGUAUACGUUGCACUGCGACAACAACGUUACGUGUGCAAACCCAGUGAAUUCAUCUCUCAACGUAGUGAUUGCUCAAUGCACUAAUAAUCUGAGUAGGACAGGUUAUGUCAACAUUCACGAUACAACGACGUCGGAUCUGGAGGAUGGGGUGCAGUAUAGAGUGGACGACUAUGGCGACUCAGGUGUUGCCUUUGUUGAAUGUGGCCCACACCAAUGGAUCCCACUUGGUUCCAAGUGUAAGCCAGAUUAUGAGGCGCAAUUCUUUAGCUCAGGUGAUCCAUGGCGAGGAAUUACGCUACUAAUAACCAUUAUCUUCGGUAAGAGCGUGUUUUAG